AGGCCCCAAGCAGGCCCGGGAGCGAUCGGAGUCCAGCAAAGUGACUGCACCGGGAGAGAACUCUUCCCGGACCGAGGGGCUGAACGUGGCGGAAACGCCUUGGGAGACCUGCAGGCACCGGCGGCCGGGAAAGGGCUGAGACGUCUGCGACCGGCCUAGGGGAUAGCGGUCAGGGACAGAGGAGGUCACAGCCAAGUGGGAGCAGAAGCCUGGGGCUGAGCGCAGGAGCCCCACUCGCGGCUUUUACUUAGGGUCCGGACUCCGUUUAUUCUGGGGCGGACCAGGGCAAGUGCCACGUCGGCUCUAGGGGACCAGCCGAGGCCAUUUGUCCCUUAAGUGUACCAGAGUCCUCAGCACCUGUCUAAAGCGCCAGGAGAGGCUGAGGUCAUGGUGAAUGAAGAUCCCAACCAACAGGAGCGCGAUGGCACCCCUUCGCAGUCAGCAAUCGGAGAGAACCCCAGCGUCUCGGCCCACCCCAGCGUCUCCAUCCACCCCAGCGUCUCUGUGUACCCCAGCAGUUCGGCCCACCCCAGUACCUUGGCUCAGCCCAGUGGCUUGGCCCAUCCCGGUAGCUCGGGCCCCGAGGACCUUAGCGUGAUCAAAGUGAGCAAGCGCCGCUGGGCGGUGGUCCUGGUGUUUAGCUGCUACUCCAUGUGCAACGCCUUCCAGUGGAUCCAGUACGGUUCCAUUAAUAACAUCUUCAUGAACUUCUACGGGGUCAGUGCCUUUGCCAUCGACUGGCUGUCCAUGUGCUACAUGCUGACCUACAUCCCUCUGCUGCUGCCAGUGGCCUGGCUCCUGGAGAAAUUCGGCCUGCGCACCAUCGCCCUCACCGGCUCUGCUCUCAACUGUCUGGGGGCCUGGGUGAAGUUGGGCAGCCUGAAGCCACAUCUCUUCCCCGUCACUGUACUGGGCCAGGUCAUCUGCUCCGUGGCCCAGGUCUUCAUCCUGGGUAUGCCCUCCCGCAUUGCUUCCGUCUGGUUCGGGGCUAAUGAGGUGUCCACAGCCUGCUCCAUAGCUGUCUUUGGCAAUCAGCUUGGAAUUGCGAUUGGGUUCUUGGUCCCUCCUGUCUUGGUACCCAACAUCAAAGACCAGGACAAGCUUGCCUACCACAUCAGCAUCAUGUUCUACAUAAUAGGAGGUGUGGCCACUCUGCUUUUCAUCCUUGUCAUCAUCGUAUUCAAGGAGAAGCCGAAACAUCCCCCCAGCAGGGCCCAGUCCCUGAGCUAUGCCUUGGCGUCUCCUGAUGUUUCGUACUUAAGUUCCAUAGUCCGACUCUUCAAAAACCUCAACUUUGUGCUGCUGGUCAUCACUUACGGUCUGAAUGCUGGUGCUUUUUAUGCCUUGUCCACUCUGCUGAAUCGCAUGGUGAUCUUGCACUACCCGGGGGAAGAAGUGAAUGCUGGGAGAAUCGGUCUGACCAUCAUCAUUGCAGGGAUGCUUGGGGCUGUGAUCUCAGGCAUCUGGCUGGAUAGGACCAAAACCUACAAGGAAACCACGCUGGUGGUCUAUAUCAUGACUCUGGUGGGCAUGGUGGUGUACACAGUGACCUUGAACCUGGGACACCUCUGGGUAGUGUUCAUCACAGCUGGCACAAUGGGCUUCUUUAUGACUGGCUACCUCCCUCUGGGAUUUGAGUUUGCAGUGGAGCUGACAUACCCAGAGUCAGAAGGCAUGUCAUCCGGCCUCCUCAAUGUGUCUGCUCAGGUAUUUGGGAUCAUCUUCACCAUCUCCCAAGGCCAGAUUAUCGACAACUAUGGAACCCUGCCUGGGAACAUCUUCCUGUGUGUGUUCCUCACCCUUGGAGCAGCCCUCACUGCAUUCAUUAGGGCAGACCUCCGGAGGCAGAAGGCAAACAAGGAAGCUCCUGAGAAUAAACCCCAGGAGGAGGAGGAGGAGGAGGAGGAGGAGGAGGAGGAGGAGGAGAGCAAACCCAGCAAAGCCCCCACUGCUGUGUCUGAGGAGCACCUCUGAGAGGCAAAGGUGGAGGCGACUCGGGGAACACGGAUCACCCCACCUCUUCCAUCAGCUCAGCUCUCCUGCCAGCACAACGGGCUUCUCUGGAGCAGCUGUUGGAGGGAACCAGCUGGAAUAUCCAGGGGUGGACAGCAGUGCCUCUGCCUCCUGGGACCCACUCCCGAGCCUGCGUGGUCCACUGGGGGGAAAUGGCACUUUUCACCAAAUGCAGAUGGGACUCCGUCCCUCCCCUUCAUCUUAUGGGAGCCAGUGUUGGGAGGCUGGAGAGGACAGUGGGGUCAGUCCCAGCUCCCCGCCUUGCCUCCCCUCUCCACCCCCCACCCCUCGGGAGAAAGCCGGCAAAAUUAUCAAGGAGAGAAAGCUUAUUCAGGAGAUUAACUUUUUCUAGUGAGUGUCUUAAGAAGCAGUCCAGUUAGUUGUAAAAGGAGCAGCAGCUGCUGCGGAUGAGGGUCACUCUCGGGCGAUCAGACUGACGGCUACAGGUCGUGGGAGAGAAAACACCAUCAGGACAAAGCCCUCAGGACUCUGGGAGUAGGUUCUCCUGGCUAACAUCGGGGUCUCUCUCCAAACCCUCUUUCCUAAGAGCUGAUCAAACCAAACAUCAAUAAACUUGAGAAAACCUUU